UCUCGCACCUCCUCUCCCACUCCAACGCUCUCGCCACCCACCUCCUUCAUGCUCCCAGAUCUCGUCUCGCAUUGUAACUUUCCUCUUACCUACCAUCCUGCAGGCGACCAGGAAGCUGCCGCAUCCCUCGCGUGGAUGCUCUCCUUCGUCCCCCACUUUACCCCCAAAAAGGUCGCCGCGAUGAACGGCCUCCAAGCCGGUGAGCUCACCGCCUACUGCUACCACGACUGCCCUGCCGAGCGUCUUCGCGUCGUGGACGACUUCAUGAACUACCUCUUCCAUCUCGACAACAUCUCCGAUGGCAUGAUGGCCAAGAACACGACGCAGUUGGCCAACUGGGUCAUGAACGCCUUCGAGUGGCCCGACAAGUUCCAGCCGACGGUAAACGCCGAUGGAGAGGUUAUCGAGGAGGUUGCAGCUGUGAAGCUUGCUCGGGACUACUGGUCACGCUGCAUCCAGCAGGCCAAGCCCGGUGUUCAACAACGCUUCAAGUCCUCAAUGAACAUGUUCUUCCAGGCCGUCGAGCAGCAGGCGAACGACCGUGGCGGUGAGGUCGUCCCUGAUCUCGAGUCCUAUAUCGACAUGCGCAGGGACACCUCCGGCUGCAAGCCCGUCUUCGACCUUAUCGAGUACGCGCUUGGUUUUGAGUUGCCAGAGGAAGUGGUGGAUCACCCGGUCAUCAAGGCGCUGAACCAAGGCGCAAACGACUUGGUUACGUGGUCUAAUGACGUGUUCUCCUACAACGUCGAACAAGCACGCGGCGACACCCACAACAUGAUCUGCAUCUUCAUGGAGCACGACGGUUGCACCCUCCAAGAAUCGAUCGACCGCGUCGGCGGACUGUGCAAACAGACCAUCGACGCCUUCGUCGAGAACAAAGCCCGCGUUCCUUCCUUCGCCCACCUCGGGCCCCAAGUCGACGGCUGGGUGACGGGCUACGUCCAGGGAUUGCAGGACUGGAUUGUCGGCUCGUUGCACUGGAGCUUCAUGACGAAGAGGUAUUUCCAGCAGGCCGGCGCGGAAGUGAAGAAGACGCGGUUCGUGAAGCUGUUG